AUGAGCACACUCCCAAUUUAUGCACAUUUUAAUGUGCUUAUUUCAGAAGACCAAAAAACGGAGGCAUGGUCGCGAAUUCUUGCCGAAUGUACGUCCCGUGGUCAUCACUGGGUGAAAGGGAAAGAUGUCACAUACCUGAAAAAAUCGAAGUGGCCAGGGAUAAAGAGAGAUGCCAUAGAGCACUAUCAAGCUGAUAUGAAAAGUGAUGUCUCCCAUAGAAAGAAGCUGACAGAGGCUGAUGUUAUCGUUCUAAAGGCGAUCAGUUUCAAUACUGAAAACCUAGGCUCAUUGACGAAGAAAGAAAACCAUAGCCUUGGUGCAGAUAUUUAUGACGGGGAUGUUACGCAACCAGUGACAGUCGAAGUAAAGACGGGUGAACCACUCGACCUGCUUGCCUGCGGGAUGCAAUUAUCGGGCGACCUGGACAAAUUCGACAACGGCCUAUUGGUGAACUUAUUCUCGAAAAAUCAUCAAGAGACGCGAAAAACAACACUCCCUUUCUCUGAUCAGGAACAUCGCUACUCGAAGCGGCAUCGGAUGGAUGAUGACGAUGGUCCUAUAGAUCAUGAUCUAAUGGCUGCCUUAGGUUUUGGAAAAAAUCGUCAUAGAGAUGCCGUGGAGUCGUCAGAACGGCAUGUUCAAAAGCCUUCAGAAAAUGACAGCAGCUCUUCAGAACGUGUUACCUCCGUUGGCGAUUAUGUUCGGUCUCUGAAUUCGAUCCCUUCUGUGCUAAAGGAAGAUGAGCCUAUGUUUGCGGUUCCCUGUCCAAGUCCGAAUGAAAGAAAACCAUCCGUGGAUCAUCCUAAAUGUCCUAUUUCGCUGCCUAAAGUGUCGAGCAUCAGUACUGUUUCUUCAGUAACGUCUCCUAAGGAAAAUUGUCGUGAUCUGAAAAGUCUCCAAAAGAGAGCUUAUGAAGCGCAGAUCGCUAGGGUGAGUGGUCUUUACUCCACUAAGAUUUUUCCAUAUUUGGUUUUUCUUUAG